GACCGCAGCUGCUGGCGAGAACGCUUUCUGAUGAUCCCGAGUUAAACCCGGAAACCACAUCUUUCCUGAAUUUGCUCGCGGCCUGGUGCAUCGGCCUGCUCGUCGCAAUAGAAGGUACCUUGUCUGUGCCUUCCCUGCUUGGGUACGUGGAGUCCCUCGGUGGGGAUAAGCAUUUAUAUGGGCUGAGUGCCGGCUGCUUUGCAAUGGCCCGGCUUCUGUUCAUGGGUUUAUAUGGCUGCUGGGUGGAUCGCAGAUCCUACAAGGAGGUUUUCACAGUCAGCCUUGGGGCUUCGGUGGUCGCCAGCUUGCUGUAUGCGGCUGCCCCAACCCUGGGUCUAUGGGCCCUACUGGCUUCAAGAGCUGCACUGGGCGCCACAGCAGCUCAGACUGUUGCAACGCAAGCGUUCGUUGUUCAAAACACAUCUUUGGCCGACCGCACGCACUACAUGGGCAUUUUCGUCCUUCUGUCCAACACACUCACGCUGGCUGGUCCUGCCUUGAACCUCUUCAUUGUCUGGCUACCACACUUUGAGCUACACCUUGGACCCAUGGUACUGGUUUUCAACAACUUCACCUGGGUUGGAUACUUCCUGAUGCUGCUUCAACUGAUUUCCCUGCUCUUCGUGGUGGCUGCCUUCAACGAGCCUGCUCGGCGCCCUUCGCCCCGGCCUCCGUCUUUGGGACGCGUGGGAGACUGCCUGACUCUUUGGGGCCUAUUUCCGUACAUGCGACUCUUUGUCGAUCCCUGGAUUCGUCACACUGGGGCCUGGUUCAUCUUUGUCCUUAACUUCCGCAACGCGUUCACUCUCAUGGCUGUCAACUUCGCCGUGCCAGUCAUCACCAGCCGGGACUAUGGUUGGACGCAACUGCACAAUUCCUACAUUUUUGUCGCAUUGUCCCUGGAAUCCAUCAUUUCCACUGCCAUCUUGCAGAGAGCUAGCCGUCGGGUCAACGACCGCAACCUCAUGUCUAUCUGGGCUGCUAUCAGCCACUCUGGGCUUUUCGCCUAUUCAGUCUGUUCUGGCUUCGGCACCUCAUCGCUUUCGGUCGCAGCUCUGAUUUCCUUGUUGGUCUGGUAUGAUUUCGGGACAAGCAUGCCGCCAACACAGUCCCUGUACUCCAAGUUGAUCGGGAAGGGCAAUGCUGGCUUGUAUUUCUCCGUGCUGCUGAGUAACGGCUCCCUGGCCAAUGCAGUUUCAGGACAAUUGGUGGGCUCUGCUUACGGCAGCUUGGGUCCACCGGCACUUUGGGGCCUGGUCCAGGUGAUUUGGAUACUCUCCUGGAUCGUGCAAGUCUUCAUGUGGAGGCGAUUGCAUCCAGAAUACAUCAGAGAAAUGCACAUGAAGCUGAACCGCGAGUCCCAUCCUGCAACGGGAUCCAUGUCCCUGCAAGCCAUGUGA